AUGGCCGUGGAAAAGAAAAAGGUUGCCAUCAUUGGCGCGGGACCUGUAGGCUGUGCCUUUGCGGUUCGUCUCGUUAAGUCCGGACACGAUAUCACAAUCGUAGGCCGUGGCCAGCGACUUGCAAAUCUCGAAGAAAAUGGGGGUAUCCAGACGAAGAAAUCGGAGAAAGCAACGGAGAUCUCGAAGACUCCUGUGAAAGCCGUCAGAUCCCUCGAUACUGCACAACCCUGGGACCUAGUCCUCCUUACCAUUACGGAGCACCAGUUUGACGAGCCAUUGUUUGCUACGCUUAAAGCUUGUCCAAAAACAACACAGAUUCUAUUCAUGUUUAAUACUUUCGCAUCGCUGGAUAAGUACUUUGACGUCCUGGGAAAGGAACGCUGCAUCAUGGGAUUCCCGGCGAUUAUGGCAUUUUUCUAUGAUGGAGCAUUGGUGCACAAAUUCCUCAGUUUCGGUCAAAUCACCAUCAUCUCAUCACCCGAAUGGCGCUCCAUCUUCUCGUCGGCGGAGAUCGCUUGUGUCCACGAACCUGAUAUGCAAAGUUGGCUACGCACACAUGCCGCCAUGGUCGUUGGGUUUCAGAGCGCGGCGGUUGCAGCUGCCAAAAGGAAAUCAGGAGUGACAUGGGCGGAAGCACAGCUCAGUGCUGGGGCUGCCAGGGAGGGGUGUGCACUGGUCAAGAAGCUUGGAAACAGUAUCACGCCCAAAUUCAUAUACUAUCUGGGUGUUGCAGCGCCGAGCUUCGUGCUCACAGGGUUAUUUUGGAUUUUGACGAGAGUACCUGCUUUCCGCAAUAACCCACAAGCAUUGCCGAACUGGGAACGAGAGAUGCUUGGUUUGGCGGAAAGCAUAAUUGGAGCAGCGCCUUCCGAUGACGACGUACGACUGAUUAGCCAGCUAAAGUCGAAGUAUGUAUGA